AUGCUGAGGUCUACACUGCUAGUAAAGACGGGCCAUCCAAUAUGUGACAUUUCUUGUGGAUACAAACAGGCUUAUGAACAGUUCUCAAUGGCUGUUCACGAGAAGUAUCCUGAAAUGCCAAUCGAAGGAAGCAACUAUCCGGCUGAUAAAUGGAAGGAGUAUCUUGCGCAUACCAUCAAUAUCCUGAAGAUUGCUGCCAUUGCUAUGAUUAUCACAGGAAGGAAUCCAUUUUUAAACAUCGGAUUGGGUGAACCAGCUAUACUACUAUGGGCGCAGUCAAACAAGAUAUCCGCAUGUAUGAUGUUGUUUCUUCUGACCAACAUGGUUGAAAGCACACUCAUGUCAACUGGAGCGUUUGAGAUCUAUCUCGACAAAGAACAAAUAUGGAGUAAACUUGAAAGCGGUCGCGUGCCCUCCCCUCAAGAACUUAUUCAGGUAGCAAAUUUUCACUGUUGA